AAAUAAAUCUACUCGGGCUGCAACUAUGCACAGCGAGCUAGUCACCAAUGCAUGGAGCACUGUAUCUAUACGCAGUUGGAACUAAAUAAUUGGUGAAUGUGACUGAAUGAACCAUGUGUUCCCCAUAACGGACCUAAAGGGGCACCACAUUAUCCGGGAGGAGUUAGUUCGUGGAAAACAGUCACGUGACACUGGACAGGUGACAGCCCCGCGUGAAAGUGUAUGAACUGUUUCGGGCUUCUGGGAUAAAUAGUGAGUGUCAUAAAAUGUUUCCUUGCUGAAGGGGUAUCAACCGUUUGUACUGUCUAAUGCCAUGGGCUUAACAGUGUGGCUAAAUACCGGGUUAUAACCUACAUUUACCUGUAACGCGGAGGACACGCGAGAGCGCAGCGUCUAUAGCGAUGCACACCUUGCCUUGUUUAACAAUGCUGGUGUGUGUGACUGUGCCUUGCUGCGUAACGAGGAGCAUCAAACAGCAUAUUGACAGUAACAGAAGCGAUCUUCGGGCCCUAAACACGAAUGCCAAUAUUGGCGGUGGCGACUCCAGUAACGACAAUCUAAACUCACUUGGCCGUCCAUUGAACGAUCAAGAUACUACUGCUGCCGAUCGCCGUCAAAUGACCAAUGGCAAUGUUGAAGGCAAGAGAUCUGGGAGUCCUACAGAUAGUGAGACAAAUAUGAAUGUUCUGUCUAAUGUGAACUCAGAAACCAGCGGACAACGACGUACAAACAGCAACAUGGGCCGUGAUAUAAACAGAACUGACAAAGUUGUUGAAGGAAACAGCACCAACUACUCCGUUCAGAGUGGGGUGAAACACGGCACCAGCCCCAACAAGUCAACGAAGAAGAAAAAGGACGAGAAGCCCAACGAGACGAUCCACGCAAGGGAAAAAGGCGGAGCCAGCCUUCAUCUAGGUGUAACCAAAGGUGUACAUCAAAAGACAUUUCAUAAAGCACCACCCUCCCAGACAUCGCUACAUGUUGUGUACAGCUUCCUACUUUUCCUGGCUGUUAUACUUGUGUUACUUGGUAUGGUGUUUCUGGUCGUCAAGUGUCAUAAAAGUUCCGACAAUGUUAGUGACAGUCGGAGUGAGACAUUCGGAGCUCAACACAGUGAGUGUGACAGCCAGACACGUGAGAACUUGAGAACGGACGUAUGAAGCAUUUAGUAAAAGCAUCGUACGUAUAGUUACGUAUGAACAUUCGACAUAUGAAGCAUGCAGUGAAAGCAUUGUGCGUUUAGUUACGUAUGAACAUACGGCGUAUGAAACAUUCAUUGAAAACGUCGUACACAUAGUUACGCAUGAACAUACGUACGAGGCAUUUGGUGGAAACAUUGUGCGUAUAGUUAAAAAUGAACAUAUGACGUAUGAAGCAUUUAGUAAAAACAUUUUGCGUUUAGUUACAUAUGAACAAAAACUGCGUAUGAAACAUACAUUGAAAACUUCGUACACAUAGUUACGUAGGGACAUACGUAUGAGGCAUUCGGUGAAAACAUUCUGCGUAUCUAUAAUGGAGUGCGACAGUAAAUUAGGGAACGGCUCCCUCGUGGAAUUGUGACUAGCAGUCAGCACGGCUGGGGACAAAGGGGACACAGGUGUCUCUGGCAAGUUGUUUUGCCUAUAACCUAUAGUUUAUAUUAAUAGUAUUUAACCUAUAGUUAUGGGUCUCCGGUUCGUAGGGCAUUCCUCCAAAAUCACUAUGACAUGCCAUGAUAUAACUGAAAUGUUGUUCAAAGGAGCGUUAAACCAAAGUCACCCGCCUACUUCAGCAUAUAUAUCCUGUUGUUUCUGGAGUGGUUCGACUCUGUUAUUGAGAUCCUAUUGAUCACAUGAUGCCCUGUUGUCACGGUAGAUAAACCCACCGUGUCCUACAUGUAGCUGACGUGGUUGUUUGUUGUUUAACGCCGCACUCAGCAAUGUCUCAGCUAUAUGGCGGCGGUCUGUAGAUAAUCGAGUCUGGAUCAGACUAUCCAGUGAUCAACAGCAUGAGCAUCGAUCUACGAAAUUGGGAUACGAUGACAUGUGUCAACCAAGUCAGCAAGGUUACCACCUGAUCCCGUUAGUCGCCUCUUACGACAAACAUGGGUUGCUGGAGACCAAUUCUGAGAUGUAUAUAUGUGUGUGCUAAAUUAUACUGUACGUGAUACUACACUGCCAAGCCACAACACUCGAUCAUCAGUUUCCAUAAAAAGAGACAUUUGUUAUAUGUUUAUGAUUAUAUUACAAUUUAAAAAAACAAUAAAUUCUAUGUAAAUAUUUUCGAAACUG